AUGCCGGCUAUGAACAGAGUUUUGAUGUCUGGACUGGUCGAGGAGGACCGUACCCUGCCGGAGCGCAUUCGUGGGCUCCAGGCGCGGCAAGCCCUUGGGGAGACCAGUCCUGGGGUUAUGUUGGAUGGCCAGGGGAAUACGGCUAUCCGCCUUUUGCUUCAUACCCAGCCUACGAUCUGGCUUCUGGCUCCGGAGCCCGUUCUGAGCAGCGUGCCGGAGGAACAGGAACCUGCCGGCGCUACCAGUUCUACGACGUCUACCGGACGACCGCCGGCUACCACGCCAAGCUUGCUCGGAGGCCUAGAGCGUCUACUACGCGAUCCCCCGCACGGUGAAGGCAGAGACGACCCGUGGCUCGAGGCAGCGCGAGAGCUAGUUAAUGCAGCCUCGAGGAGACCUACCACUCCGAAUGAUGCUGCCGGCGCGACGCCUGCGGCUCCGGCCGACGAUGUCAGGGUGGACUCCCCCCACCUACCUCAACCACGGGAGCCUGGGACCGCAGAUGCCGGGAUGGAGCCUUCCUGCGACCUCGACAGCAAGCCCUCCUGGGAUGGCCUUCAGUACAGGAGUUCCUCCAUGGAGUGUGGGAAUGAUGCCGCCACCCUGGAUUACGCCAUCCCCACCGUGGACUGCGACUUCGCAGACCCGCCCGCAUGGCCGGGAUGGCAGUACCGACGGCAGUGGGUGACGGCGGUGAGGCGCUGGAACAAGACGACGGACAUCCCUGUCGGGCGGCGUGCAGAGAAGGUGCUAAGGACCCUGGGCUGGGAGAUGAUGACGGAGUUCGAGCAUCUCAGCGAAGCUCAGCUGAGCUCCCCGGACUACCUGGAGCACCUCUUGAGGGUCAUCGAGAUGCGAGCGGGAGUACGAGAAGACGAUGAUCGGCGAGCGGCGUUCCGGGGGGUUCUCUAUGACAACGCCCGGCGUCGAGACGAGAGCCUCGGACAGUAUGCCAACCGCCGGCUACGCGACUUCUCCAAGGCCAGCUCGUAUGGGGUGCAGCUGCCAGCCGAGUUUCGGUCGGCACUUCUACGAGAGGGAGCAGGGCUGUCCGAGCAGGGGCAGCAGAACCUCACGGCCCUGCUACAGGGCAGCGACAACGAUGUGGACAAGAUCGCUCACACCCUCGCGCGCAUGGACGUUCGGUCCGACAGGCUUUCUGGCUUUUGUCGAGAGGAACACGUUGGGGAGCAUGCAGAAAGCUACCACGUCGACGGCGAGGAAGGCGACGACGACGACGAGGAGGACGACCCACUCCGCGACGAGGACGACUCGGCCGAGGACCAGGAGAUCUUGGACGAGCUGUCGGACAUGAACUUCACGCGAGAGCAGGCGGCCCUCGUGUUCGCGAUCAUGGAGAACCGCCCUCCUCGACAAAGGAGAACGUGGCGCGAGAACAAGAAGUUCAAGGCUGAGCUACGCAAAGACAGGCAGAGCUUCACCAAGGGAGGCACCAGCGACUCCAAGCCCGAUCAUAUGCGAGGAGGAUAUCGUCCUGGCGGAGCCCGAGCGAAAAUAUCCCGCGAACAGCUCAAGCGCGUCUCCAAGUGCAACUUGUGCGGCAAAAGGGGCCACUGGGCCGAGGACUGCAGAAGUGGGCAAGGAGGCUCGCGGCCUUCAAAUGGCGUAGUCGGGAACAAGAUGAGCGGCUUCUGCUACUUGGGAGGCUCCCUGGCCGGAGCAUCAAGUGGAAAGGCGAGCCACUUCACCUUCAUGACCUACGUUCGGCCGAGCACCAUGGUGGACCCCUCCCUGUCCUGGAACUUUCUCGCGAUACCCUCAGGCAUGGCGAUCUUGGACAUUGGGGCCACUCAGGAUAUCAUCGGCAAGUCUGCCUUCGAAGCCCUCGAGAGGGAACUGGACCGGUGCGGCCUCAAGAGCCUGGAGAUCCCGACUACGGCGUCGGCCCUGACAGGGAUAGGAGGAGCUGCGCGAGUUGCCAAGACGGCCUUGGUACCGAUCUCGCCAGGCGGCGUGCCAGGAGUCAUCCAGUUCCUUGUCAUCGACGGCGAGGUUCCGCCAUUGCUGUCGGUCCGGCUCCGAAACAUCGACGUGAACCUUAGAAUGACCAGCCUCCCGAGCGGCCACAGGGCAAUACCGCUCGUGCAGUGGACGGGCGGAGCCUUCCCUGUGCCGGAGAUCGCACGCAGGCAAUAUGGCCUGGAAGAAGGAGAGAGUGGUGUCACAGUCCAGUUCAAGUUUCGCCCUGUGAACAUGUCAGUGCAGACGCGAUCAGGUGUGAAGUACCUGCUGCCGGCCAUCAGGGCCAACUACUCACGACUCGCCCUGGCGGAGACCCGCCAGAAGAGCGUGCUGUCCGAGAGGAAGAAGUUCCUGACGGCGAACGUGCAGGAGCCCAUGAAGUGCAUGCCUGCACCCUGGGAACCCCAUCCGCCGGGCGAACCAGUACGCCUCGUGGACAGUGUGUCGGAAAUGCGAAGCUCGCUUGACGUAUACACCACACCCGGGACCACCGCGACCGUGCCCGAGGAGACGAUUCCCGCCGAGCUGAACGCGACACUUCAAGCAAUGGCGGCGAGCUUCCGAGAGGUGGGCCAGUCCCUACGAGAUUUGGCCCGCGGACAAGGACAGAUGCUGACGAUGAUGCAGGGGCACAUUCCGGAGAGUGUGACGGAGAUGUCCUUGCAGCAGGUGGCCGAAGCCGCGGAGAGAACAGCCGACCUAGACACUGACAUGACCUGGCCUUCCUGGGUGGCACUGCCUAUGCUGUCUUUGAGCUCAUCGCUGAUCUCUUGGCACCAGAUUAGUCACGGCAUGAAGGACCGGCUCGCGACCCUUGGCGCCGAUGACAGAAGCUGGAUGGUGUACAUCCCGGACACCGUGACGGCAAAGAUCGACAAGAGGGAGCCCUCGGAGACACUGCCUUGGCUGAGAUGGCCAUGGAUACGCCAGCAGGCUGGGGAAGUACCCACCCCGAGGACGGAGGUCGCUCUGUGGCACGAGGUCUGGCGCGAGGACCAAUUGUGGUCCAGAGGCGUUGGCGAGCCACCGCCCGACCUCGAAGGAAGUGCGACGACUAAGUGGACAUGCCCUCGACAUCUUCGACUUCUACACGAGUGCGCCGAAAGCCCGGAUCGCUGUCUAGGCGUGAGAGAAGACGGGGCUGAGAGUCAUCUGGGCCCGUUCUGGCUGGUGCAAGCUCCGCGACUGCAGCAGCUCAUCGAAGCCGUGGUGUAUCCAGACCUGGACCCGGAGACGGCCGGCGCAGAGGACGCCAUGAUCAAGAUGAUCACACAGCAGCGUCGCGAGGGACAACCGUCCCAGGUGGACCUGGUCGAGCUCUUCGAGUCCAGCCAGGUGUCGCAGUUUGCUUUGCAGGAAGGCGUGCGAGUGACAUCUCAACAUGAGACUUUUACCACUCAGCACGGUUGGAAGCCCGAGGAGAAGGAGCGCCGUCAAAGAUGCCGAAAGAACUACCAGAACUCCGGGCGAUCCAUCGAGUACCCGAUCAGGAGCUACCAGAACCUCGAGCGAUCCGUCGAGUACCCGAUCAGGAACUACCAGAACCUCAAGCGAUCCGUCGAGUACCCGAUCAGGAGCUACGCCAUCGUCGACGGGCAUCGCAGCUUCUACCUAGAGGCAAGCACCUUGGACCCAGUGUGGACCUCGGACGAGUGGAGCAGGAUCUCCCGCAGUCAGAAGGCGAUACGCUUCUUCACCGUGACCAAUGCGAGCAGUCCGCCCCCUCUUGGGCGGCAGACUGGGACUCCCUCAGCGAAGGAGAGAAGCUGGCCUAUCAUCUACGAAGACAAGAAGAUUACUCCAUCUCCUCCUGCCUUCGCCUUCUUCAGUGUACUGCAUGGCCGCAGCAGAGGCAGCGAAGAAGAUCGAUCAAGGGCUCAGGAAUCUACCAAAUGUUGGGCCAGUACCUACGGCAAGUUCGGUGGGCUGACCCUCAGCACCUACAAGCUACGCCACACAACCAUGUACCUCAACCGUUUUAUGACGGCCCAUGGGGCUGAGGGAGGCCGAUCUUCUAUCUCAGUCACUCGAGACGCCCGUGUUCUACCUCACCGAGACGUCAACAAUGUAGGCCUCAACUACAGCAUGGCCAUCGGCAGCUUCAAGGGAGGUGACUUGUGGGUGGAACACCCGGAGGGAGACAUCAAGAAGUGCGUGGGACCAGGCGACACUCGCCUGGGAAGAGUCUACAAGCACCGGAACAAGAUGAAUGUCUUCGACCCCAAGAGCUUCCAUGCGGUGGAUCAAUGGGAAGGCGAGAGAUGGUCCAUCACUGCCUUCCAAUCCCGCUCGAGCAUGCAACUCCCUCCGGAUCAGAGGGCGCACCUGGAGGAGCUGGGGUUCAGUACCCUUGGAUAUGAAGGGGACCCCCUAUCAGGGAGCAGCGCGGCCAGAGCCAUCAGUCGAGCAGUUCGAUCGGAGGUCCUCGGCAUCACCGCAAACUAUGCCUUCGCUUCCCACACCUCGGUCGACGAGAUUGAGGCCGAGACCGACGAGGAGCAACCAAGCGGUCCCGAGCAAAGGCCAACAGAGGGAGCUCCAGAGCCCGAGCAAAAGGCCAUCGUCACCGAGAGCCAGAAGAAGCUGAUACAUCGUGUCCAUGUGAACACCGGCCACCCACCGAAGGAGAGGUUUCUUCGAACUUUGCGAGCGGCCGGCGCCCUACCACAUGUACUACGAUACGUGCGAGACGACUUCCACUGCGAGGCCUGUGCCGCUAAGAGAGGACCGGACCAUAGAAGACGGGCUCAGUGCCCUCGGGUGCAUUCUUUUAACCGAGUUCUCAGUAUGGAUGUGUUCUAUAUCCACUACCGCGGAGAGAGCAUCCCCAUCCUCAACGCCGUCUGUCACGGCACGAACUUUCAGAUGGCCCAAAGGAUUGACGGCUCCGGCACCAGAACCCCCAGCGCAGCCGCCACCUGGAGGACCUUCGUGACCACAUGGGUGCGUUUCAUGGGACCGCCCAGCCUCAUCAUUACCGACGGGGGCAAGGAGUUCCAAGGGAGGUGCGAAAGAGGGGUGGAGCAGUUGGGAAUACUGCACCACAUAACCGCCCCGGAGUCGCCGUGGCAGAACAGCCGCGCGGAGCGGCACGGCUGGCUAAAGCAGCGGAUCACCCAAGAGCUGGACUCGGGAAUGGGCAUCGUCGAGAACCUGCAUGACAUCGACGAGCUCCUCGCGGCCGUGGUCUCAGCGAAGAAUCGCUGGUUCAACUCAGGAGGCUACACUCCAGUCCAACUCGUGUACGGUGAGUUGCCGCGAGUGCCAGGCGAGCUCCUCAGCGACAACAACAACGGGCAGCAAGUCAUCAGUGACGGUUUCUACGACCCCGCCGGCAUGGACGAGGCUGGAGCUGAGUUUCGUAAGAGCGCUGCCAUUCGUGAGCGAGGACGACAGUUAGCACUGGCGGAGACGAGCAAGGAGGCGAUCAAGAGAGCCCUUUCCACGUCCAGUACGCCUCUGAGAUCUUGGUCUCCCGGACAAUGGGUGGGACCGGGCCUGGUCAUUCUUCAGAGCAGAUCAGUCGUCUACGUUGCCAUGAGGAGUCGGCUAUGGAGGUGCGCACCGGAGCAGCUUCGAGCUGCAUUUCCUUCGGAAGUGCUAGGGAGACACCUGGCGACAGAUCCGGAGAUGGCGGAACUUCUGAGGCAGGUGAUGUCGGGGAGCAGUGCCGGCGCAGUGGAUGUGGCUCGAGAAGGCCCACCGGAACCUGCGGAGCAGUGCGCCCCGGUGCAGCACGAGGCCGAAGGAGAAGCAGAGAAGAUGCCGGCCCUCAUCAGCAGCCGAGGACACCCGCACCGGAUCUCCGAGGGAAGGCAGGAUGCAGAUGCCGGCAACCAGAAAGCAAGCAGUGCCGGACCGACGCAUGUGCUGGAGGCCUUGGACCGAGGACGAAGAGCCGAGGAAGCACUGCGAGGCGGCGCCGAGGCUACCUCCAGCAGUACCCCGAGAUCUCGAUCCCGACGUCGGGACGAGUUGGACGACAUCCUCAACGAGAACCUGUGGACCUUGGAGCCCGACGGCGAAUGGUCUUUCGUGGCGAGCAGAAGUGACGAGGUGGACAUCCGGAAGAUGAGCGAGGAGCAGCGUCGAAUGUUCGAGGAGAGUGACCAGAUUGAAUGGAAGGCAAUCCUCGAUACAAAGGCCGUAAGGGUCAUCAAGGGCGAAGAGGCGGCCCGUGUGCGGGAAAAGUUUCCCGACCGCAUCCUCGACUCGCGUCUGGUCAGGCGUCGCAAGCCUCUCCCAGGAGUCGGGAAAUGGAAGGCUAAGUCCAGGUGGUGCUUGGCCGGACAUACAGAUCCGGACACGGAGAUCCUCAGCGCCUUCGCGCCGACACCCUCCACCGAGGGGCUCAUGGCCUUCUGUCAGACCGGACUGAACCUCGGCCACAAGUUCAGCUUUUCGGACGUCAAGAACGCCUUUUGCCAGAGUCGCAAGCUACGCCGGGCGAGGGGACCUCUGUACGCCAAGCCCUGUGAGGGCCUGGGACUGGAACCAGGGGAUCUGAUAGUUAUAGAAGUGCCCGUUUAUGGACUGGACGAUGCCCCUGCUGAAUGGCGAGCUACGGUCAUCGAGUUCCUCCAGGAGCAAGGUUUCGUCCGAAACCUGAUCGAACCCUGCUGGUGGGCACGCUACCGCGCCGGGAAGAACGAGGCCCAGGUGCUGAUCGAGGUGGACGACUUCAUCAUCACCGCCUUGCCCGACAUCCGAGCGGGGCUGCGAAAGGAUUUUGAAGGGCGCUUCAAGUUCGGAAAGUGGGAAGAUGACGAGGCCGAGUACGCCGGCCGCAUGGUGCGGGUGCUCCACGACAGGGUCCUCAUCGACCAGAAGAAGUACAUCGAGGAGCAGGUCCACCCGGUGCUGUUGAACAAGGGCAGGCGCUCUGAGAAGGACUCCCCACUGACACAAGAGGAGUUCGAGGCGUUCCGCUCGGCUAUCUACAAGGUGAACUGGAUUGCGAAGGAGUCAAGACCGGAGGUAUGCGGCAUGGCUUCCAUUUUGGCGAGCAAGUUGAAGGCUGCCACGGUCGAGGACGUCACCAUCCUCAACACAAGAACAUCAACUACCUGCGCAACACCUCGGGCCGACUUCCGGCGGACAGCACCCAAGGAGCUUGGAUGGUGUUUCUUGCAGAGGCUUUGCCCGUGGGAAACGCCAAGGUGCGAGCUUCCCCUUUGGCCUGGAGAAGCAGCAAGCUAUCGCAAAGUCUUCUCUACUUUCGGGGGCGAGACGCAGGCAAUGCUGCAGGGCAUCUCGGAGGCGGACUGGCUGCAGGUGAUGAUUCGCGACGCAAUCUACCACGACGUGGAGCUGCGCGAAUGGCGCAACUGCUUGAGUCCGCACAUGCUUGUGAUGAAGGGCGACGUACACCUGCCAUCCAGGCAGCCUCAGUGUUCAGUGACGGACGCCAAGAGCCUGUUCGACUGCCUGCUGAAGGAGCACCCUCAGGGGAAACAAGACAGGAGGAGCUCGCUCGAGCUCGCCAUAAUAGUGCGUGAUCUGCAAGAAACGAAGUCAAUGGUGAAGUGGGUGCCGCAUCAAAAAAUGGUGGUCGAUGCGCUGACCAAGUCGGACCCCAUGAAGGCGAACGGCGCCCUGGACCAAACAGCUGCAGAGCCGCAAGACCGCCACGUGAUCGUGGCUCAAGCCGGAGACUUGGGCGGUGACAAGGGGCGGGAGCGGGAUAUCGGGUGCGCGGACGGUGGGGCGGGGAGGGUGCUGUGCGAGGGGCGAGAGCGGGAUAUCGGGUGCGCGGACGGCGGACGGCACACUGCCCACCUCAGCAUUGCAAGGCUAGUGCUAGCUGCAGAGGCGAGCAGCUUCCGGAAUUUCGUGUCCUUCAUGUGCGAGCAGAACGAUCCCGAGCAGGUUUUGCUGAAAGACAUUGUCGGGGAAUUCCACGUUGACGACGACAAGAUCAUUGUGGAUUAUUCGGCAGUCUUCACUGUCUAUAAUGUUGGCUUGCCUCAAGAUUGCUCCGUUCUUCCUUUGGCCAAGAUGGUUGUGCACAUGACAUCAUGGCUGUCCGAGCUGACUGCGGCUUCAUCCACUGAGAGCUGCCUCAUGUCAUCAACUAGCGGCGAGCACUACGAGAAGUGCAUCAUGGCAUUGGCGGCAGCCAUGGAGCAGGAGCCCGUGAAGGUAACACAUGCUCUUCGGUGUGCUCGUGCAGCGGUGUGCAGGCAGUUCUCCAUUUUGGUUUCUUUGAUCCAGAAAAAUUUUGAAUCCUUGUACAAGGCGGGGCCUGCAGAUGAACUUCCAUUUGCUGGCCUAUGGAAUGCCAGCAAUCCUAGGCGCUCAGAAGCCAAAUACGCUGAAGUCCGUAAGGAGGUGCAUGAUACAACUCAGGCCUUGAAAGCUUUCCUUGAGUGCGAGCCCUCAGAUUCCCAGCACAUUGUGCUUUCAACGAUCGCGAGCUCGAUUGGGAAUGCUACGGUUGCGCAAGCGGUCUUCAUGAAAACAGGCGAAACCCGCCAAGGGCUGGUGAAUCGUGCCCGAGCCGGUGUGACAAAGCGCGGCUGGUGA